UCAAUUUGUAGCCGUGAGUUUUUGUGGUGCGUGUUGAAGUAUAGAUUGUAAAAUCAACAAUGAACGUGAAGGAAUUAUUAAAUAGUUGGCGUCUGGACCAUUUAUGGCCAAAGUUUGAAGGCCAAAUUUAUUUACCUAUAGCCUGCUCGCGGAUACCAUUCGACCAGGAAGCAACAGUACCUAAAAAAAUUGAGUUACCGACAGAAUAUAACAUAUCAGAAUCGUUAGAAGCCUAUCAGAUAAUCAGUACAGAAGAAAACAUCAAUUUAGCUGAAAUAGAAGAUAUUCCAAUCGUUUUCAUCGCUGAUGGACCCUUAUCUGAAGAGGAUGAGGGUAAAUCUUUCUGUUAUACUUACUUAUCCUUGGAAUUUCACAUCUACUGUGCAAUAUUUUUGUAACAAUGUUACCAUUAAAAUUAAGUUGUUUUUUCUUUGCCUUAUUAUUAUUUUUCUUAUAUGUUGACAAUAGCACUGUUUUGAUGUAUACCUCUAUAAUGUAUUCUAGCAGAAAUUAGUUUUGUUUUUUAUUUAUUCUUUCAAAU